AAGAGUAAAACAACAACACAGGACACUUCCCUACUCCAAGUGACCAGAAGCAUCUGCAAAACUGAAGAGAAAGGAAGAACGCUGUGGUUAUGGAGAAGCCCCCAGUCCAACAUGGAGCUGUUUGUGGGCCAUGGGACAUGAAAGACCGCCUAGGAACAGGAGGUUUUGGAAAUGUUUGCUUGUACCAGAAUCGGGAAACAGGAGAGCUGAAAGCCAUCAAAUCCUGUAGGUUGGAACUGAGUAUGAAAAACAAAGAGAGAUGGUGUCAAGAAAUUCAGAUUAUGAAGAGGUUAAAUCAUCCAAAUGUUGUGAAAGCUUGUGAAGUUCCACCGGAGAUGGAUUUCCUUGUUAAUGACGUCCCUCACCUAGCCAUGGAAUACUGUGCUGGAGGGGAUUUGCGAAAGCUUCUAAAUAAACCAGAAAACUGCUGUGGUUUGAAGGAAAGUCAAGUGCUAAAUUUAAUGAGUGACAUAGGUUCUGGAAUACAAUAUCUGCAUGAGAAGAGGAUCAUACACAGAGACCUCAAACCAGAAAACAUAGUGCUGCAAGAAUGUAAUGGGAAGACUGUUCACAAAAUCAUCGACUUGGGAUAUGCCAAAGACUUAGAUCAGGGAAGUCUUUGUACAUCCUUUGUAGGAACACUGCAGUACCUGGCUCCUGAACUCUUUGAGAACAAACCUUACAGCGUUACAGUUGACUAUUGGAGUUUCGGCACCAUGGUUUUUGAGUGCAUAGCAGGCUUCAGACCAUUUCUGCACAACAUGCAGCCAUUCACCUGGCAUGAGAAGAUUAAGAAGAAAGAUCACAAACAUAUCUAUGCUUAUGAAGAGAUGUCUGGAGAAAUUAGAUUCAGCUCAUAUCUUCCACAACCCAACAAUCUUUGCAGCAUAAUUGUAGACAAGAUAGAGACAUGGUUGCAGCUUUUGUUAAACUGGGACCCUAUACAACGGGGAGGAGGAAUGGACUGCGGUCGUCCACAAUGUUUUGUGCUAAUGGACCAGAUCCUCAACUUGAAGAUAGUUCACAUUUUGAAUAUGACAUCUGCCAAGAUUCAUUCUUUUCACCUGCAACCUGAGGAGAGCCUACACACCCUGCAGUCUCGCAUUGAGACAGAGACUGGCAUUAGCACAUGUAAUCAAGAGUUACUUCUAGAGAUGGGGGUAUCCCUUGAUCCAAGAAAACCAGCAUCCCAAUGUGUUAUAGAUGGAGUGAAAGGAUGGGAUAGCUAUAUGGUUUAUUUGUUUGAUAAAAGCAAGACUGUUUAUGAAGGACCAUUUCAGUCAAGAAGCCUCUCGGAAUGCCUUAAUUACAUAGUACAGGACAGUAAAGUCCAACUCCCCAUUCCACAACUGCGUAAAGUGUGGGCUGAGGCUGUCCAUUAUGUUUCUGGCUUGAAGGAAGAUUACAGCCGCCUUUUCCAGGGCCAGAGGGCCGCUAUGCUCAGCCUUCUGCGCUUUAAUACGAAUCUCACCAAGAUGAAGAACACCAUGGUGUCUGCCUCACAGCAGCUAGGAGCAAAGUUACAGUUCUUCAAGCGAAGCAUUGAGAUAGACUUGGAACGCUAUAGUGAUCAAAUGGCCUAUGGAAUUUCUUCAGAGAAAAUGCUGAGAGCUUGGAAGGAAAUGGAAGACAAAGCGGUUUGCUUUGGGAAGGCUGGAAAGAUCCAUUUCUUAGAUGAGACUAUAAUGGGACUUCAUACAGAGAUAGUAGAACUGCAGAAAAGUCCUUGUGCCCGUAGACAAGGAGAUGUGAUGGAGCACCUAGAACAGAGAGCAAUGGAAUUGUACAAGCAACUGAAGCCUCGCUCUCCAGAUAAAGCUUAUAGUGACAGUACUGAAAUGGUGAAAAUUCUUGUACAGACGGUGCAAGGACAAGACCGAGUGCUAAAGGAACUAUUUGGCCACUUAAGCAAGCUUCUAGGUUGCAAGCAGAAAAUCAUUGAUCUACUUCCUCAGAUUGAGAUGACUGUGAAUAAUAUCAAGGAAGCAGACAGUUCUCUCAUGCAGAUGCAAGCCAAGCGUCAAAGGGAGAUAUGGCAUUUACUAAAAAUUGCAUGUACUCAGAGCUCCGCCCGCUCAUUGGGACCUGCAAGUGUGGAAACACCAAUUACCCCUCGCACAUCAGCCUGGCCUGAUCAAAGCUCUUCGCAGGCACUUUUCUCCAUGCUAACAACUAAAGACAAGAGCAGAGAAAUAUUAAGGCAUACUAUUGACAAGAACUCAGAUUAUCAGAAACUGCUGAGCAGCUUAAUACUGCAGACACAGACAACAAUGGAGCAAAACAGUCUAAUGAGUCUGGAUUUCAGCUGGCUAAACAAAUGAAUUGUGAAUCAUUUUUACAUCUCCACCUUUAUAUAUAUAUAUAUCGUGCUACUGAACUGAGAAACUCUAAGAGAUGGCAGGGGGUAAUUGUAGCCUUCUUGUGACCAGUGUUCCCUCUAAUUCCUUCUCAGUUAUGUGCGCAAAAAAAUUAUUUUGUGCGCACAUUUUAAACUUGUGUGUGCAUUUUUAAAAACAGUGUGCUCAGGUCAGAAUAGAUACAAAAUGUGUUUUCACACAAGAUUCUUUGUGAGCACCACAAGUAGUAGUGCUCUGGCCUCAAAAUUAGUGUAUGGGUGCACACCUUAGAGCAGUGAUCCACAACCAGUGGCUCGGGGGCAACAUGUCGCUCACCAACCCCUUGGAUAUUUCUCCUGUAGGCCCCAAAGUGGGUGCCAUUUUUGAAUUUCUGGCUUGGAGACAAGUUUUGGAAGCCCAGAGACACAGUUUUACCCCAAGCAGAGCCUCCUGCAGCCAGCAGUCCUUAUGGGGCUACUAAAUUGUAAAUCACAGCCCUUGUGCGGCUCACCAACACUUUUUUCAUCUGAGUGUGGCUCACAAGUGAAAAAGGUUGGGGAACCCUGCCAUUGCUUGUGACUUGUAAGUAUUUAAUAUUUGAUAUCAUUAACAUCAUUUUUAUCAAGAGAGUGUGUUUUAUGUAGAAUCGUGCUGUUAAUAUUUCUACAGUAGUAUUUAAAGGGUAAAAUUAUUUCAGAUUAUCAAUUCUGUAUUUUAAUAUAACUUAUGAUAUGCCUCCCUUUCCCAGGAGGGCAAAAUUAAAAGAUAAAUUACCACUUUGAGACCAAUAUCAAUAAAAAAAACCAAACCAA